ACAUCUUCACAUAAACCUCCCUCUCUCUCUCUCUCUCUCUCUCUCUAAAAAACUGAUACAAAUGGCUUUCUCUAACUCCAUGGCCUUUUUAGCUGUGCUUCUGAUAGCGCUGCCCAUCACUGCUUUCGCCUGGGACUUGCCGAAUAACAAUACUAUUGGCGCUCAAAUAUGUGACCAAAUUGAGUGUGGAAAGGGAACAUGCAAAGCCGAUUUAACCAAACCAUUAGGUUACACCUGCCAGUGCGACGCUAACUGGAAGCGAACGCGUGACGGUGAUGAUGAUAUGGAGUUUCUCCCCUGUGUCAUCCCCAACUGCUCACUGAACUACAACUGCCAGCCAGCUCCACCUCCAGUUACUCAGAAUGAUGUUCCUAACAAUAGAUCCGCCUUUGAUCCUUGUUACUAUGCUUACUGCGGAGAAGGUACAUGCGUAAGGAACAGCACAUACCAUUACACACCCUUCUGUGAAUGCAAAUCCAGCGCCACUAAUCUUCUCGAUGUCGCGGCUUUUCCCUGCUACUAUCAAUGCGCGCUUCAGGCUGACUGCGCGAGCCUCGGAAUUAAGGUUGCAAACUCAAAUUCCUCCACGGACAAUAGUGAAGCUACGUCGUUUUUGCCCGGAAAGUUCCAGUUGAUGGCCGUAGUGAUGCUGUCUGUGGGUUUGAUUCUGAGGAAGUAGGGUGCAAGAAACCGCCACAGUCGAGAUUCUGCAUCACAUUUGUUCUUGUUUGAUCAUACUUUAGUUUCAAUCACUUCAGAUUCAUUUUUUCGUUGUAACAUUGCUUUGAUGUUUCCCCAGUUCAUCAGUUUGUAUAAAGUCAGUUUGCUUAAAUAAAACGACACACGGUCAUAGCCCGAUGACUC